UCAGUUUCCUUGUUUCAUACAUGUUACAAGCUAUUACAUUACAACACAGCAUUGGUAAUUAAGAACUGAUAGCCGAGGAUGGUGAUGAGUUGUAACGGAGAAAGACUGUUUGUGUCUAUGUUAAUCACGUUUUUCCUGCUGCUGGUCAGUGGGAAUGGUUUGCCAUGUGAUGGAUUUUUCAAAUGCUGCAAUGGUUCCAAAUGGAUUGAGAAUGCUGAAAAAUGUGUUUCCUGUGCGCUUGGAUAUUUUGGGAUGCAUUGCCCAGAGCAAUGUCCCUUCCCCUCCUUUGGGAAUGAAUGCCAGUUAUCCUGCAACUGUUCUAAACAUCAGUGUAACCAUGCAAAAGGAUGUCAAAAAAUUUCAGAUUGUGGACCAGGCUAUUUAGGUGAAUUGUGUGACGUGAAAUGCCGGUAUCCAGGUUUUGGUAUGGAUUGUCAGGAUAAAUGUUUGUGUGAACAGGAGAUGUGUGAUCCAGCAAAUGGAUGCCAAGGUAUUACCAUGGCAGUUGUAACAACACCUGCUCCAACGUCCAGGAUGACCCUUGAAAUUUACGUAUCACUAAGACAUGAUGCUGAUGUUGACAGACGUUUUUCUUCACGAGACACUUCAUCCGUUCUAUCUACCACUCCAGACAUGCCAAAAGAAAUGUCAAUUCAAAGUGACGCUGCAUCAAUGUGGUACAAUUUCAACGAGAAGAAAAAAGGUAUGGUUAUCAGCAUUACGACGCUAGGACUAUUGUUUCUUAUCUUAACAGUCAUGUACUCCCAUUGA